AUGGGCGACUCUCUCGUACACCAGGAAUAURGCCGCACGCGUAUCCAAUGGCUCGCGUCGCUCAACACAGAAUACCACCCGCCGACUCAGUUCCGCCGCACGAGUAUCAUCUGCACUAUCGGACCCAAGACCAACUCACCGGAGAAGAUCAAUAUGCUGCGUCGCGCCGGUCUGAACGUCGUCCGCAUGAACUUCAGCCACGGAUCCUAUGAGUACCACCAGUCUGUCAUCGACAACGCACGCGAAGCCGAAAAGACACAGGAAGGUCGCCCCGUCGCCAUUGCUCUUGACACCAAGGGCCCUGAGAUUCGCACCGGAAACACUGUUGGCGAUGAGGACAUUCCAAUUUCCGCAGGCACCGAGAUCAACAUCACAACCGACGACAAGUAUGCCACCGCCAGCGACGCUCAAAACAUGUAUGUCGAUUACAAGAACAUCACCAAGGUGAUUGAGAAGGGUCGCAUCAUCUACGUCGACGACGGUGUCCUCGCAUUCGAGGUGCUCGACGUCGUCGACGACAAGACCAUCCGCUGCAAGACCAUCAACAACGGCAAGAUCAGCAGCAAGAAGGGUGUCAACCUUCCCAUGACCGAUGUCGAUCUUCCUGCUCUGUCCGAAAAGGACCAGGCUGAUUUGCGAUUCGGUGUGAAGAACGGCGUCGACAUGGUCUUUGCUAGCUUCAUCCGCCGCCGGGAGGACAUUCUCGCCAUCCGCAAGGUGUUGGGCGAGGACGGCAAGGACAUUCAGAUCAUCGCCAAGAUCGAGAAUCAGCAGGGUGUCAACAACUUUGACGAGAUCCUCAAGGAAACUGACGGUGUCAUGGUUGCUCGUGGUGACUUGGGUAUCGAAAUCCCACCAGCUCAGGUCUUCAUCGCCCAGAAGAUGAUGAUCACCAAGUGCAACAUUGCCGGGAAGCCCGUCAUUUGCGCCACACAGAUGUUGGAGAGCAUGACCUACAACCCGCGCCCGACCCGCGCAGAGGUCAGCGAUGUUGGCAACGCCGUUCUGGACGGUGCAGACUGUGUCAUGCUUUCAGGCGAGACUGCCAAGGGCAACUACCCCAAGGAGUCUGUGAGCAUGAUGCACGAGACCUGCUUGCUGGCGGAGAUAGCCAUUCCGUACAUCAACGCAUUCGACGAGCUGAAGCAGCUUGCAUCCCGACCAGUCGCAACCACCGAGAACUGCGCCAUGGCCGCCGUCUCCGCUUCGCUCGAGCAGAACGCCGGCGCCAUCCUUGUACUGACGACUUCGGGUAACACCGCACGUCUGAUCUCCAAGUAUCGCCCCGUCUGCCCCAUUAUCAUGGUCACCCGCAACGCCAGCGCCUCGCGCUACUCCCACCUGUACCGCGGUGUCUACCCAUUCCACUACGACCAGGAGAAGCCCGACUUCAAGACCACCCCAUGGCAGGAGGAUGUCGACAACCGCCUCAAGUGGGGUAUCAACAACGCCAUUCGCUUGGGAGUUCUCAAGCAGGGCGAGAGCGUCAUAUGUGUGCAGGGAUGGCGUGGAGGUAUGGGUCACACCAACACCAUCCGUGUGGUACCCGCUCAAGACGAUCUGGGUCUUGACCAGGACGCUUAA